AUGGCUACGCUAGCUUGCCCUAAGGCGACUGUUGCCUUCGCUGCUCGCACCAAUGCCGCUUCUCGACCAGCGGCAUCUGCGGCGGUCUCCGCGGCUCCCGUGAGCAGCAGAAGCGCUCGCCUUGCCGGAUCCCUCUCCGCUUCCGCAGCCGCCGCUGCCGCUGCGUGCUCCAGCAAAGAACUCUUCUCCACUCCUGUAGCGCACUCACGCGAACAUCACGGCGCAAUUCGCGCCAUAUCUCGCGGGGCUGUUCGGGUGGACGCUAGCGUGGCGCGGCGCAAAGUGCUGAUCGUUAACACUAACGGCGGAGGCCACGCGGUGAUUGGCUUCGCGCUGGCCCGUCAGUUAGCGACGGCCGGCCACUCGGUGACGAUCAUGACCGUUGGCGAUCGCAACUCCGAUAAGAUGAAGAAGCUGCCCUUCUCGCGCUUCUCGGAGCUCCGCGCGGAGGGCGUGCGCACGGAGUGGGGCGACCCGGCGCGGCUGUCCGCCGUGUUCGGCGCGACCGGGGGCUUCGACGUGGUGCUGGAUAACAACGGCAAGGACCUCGAUACCGUCAAGCCCGUGGCGGACUGGGCGAGCGCGGCGGGCGUGCGGCAGUUCCUGUUCAUCAGCAGCGCGGGCAUCUACACGCCCUCGUCCGAGCCCCCGCACGUCGAAGGGGACGCGGUGAAGGAGAGCUCGGGGCACGCGCAGGUGGAGAAGUACCUGGCGGGCAAGGCGUGGGGCGACGGGUGGGCGGCGUUCCGCCCGCAGUACAUCACGGGGUCGGGCAACAACAAGGACUGCGAAGAGUGGUUCUUCGACCGCAUCGUGAGGGGGCGGCCGGUGCCGAUCCCAUCGCCGGGCAUUCAGCUGACGGUGGUGGCGCAUGUGGACGACAUAGCGCGCAUGAUUGCCCUCGCCAUUGACUACCCGCAGGACGCCAAGGGUCAGAUCUUCAAUGCGGUGGGCGGCAGAGCGGUGACGUUUGAUGGGCUCGCUCGCAUGUGCGCCAACGCUGCUGGCCACGCCUCGUCACUCAAGAUUGUGCAUUAUGAUCCCAAGGCUGCUGGGGUAGACGCCAAGAAGGCAUUCCCCUUCCGCAACAUGCACUUCUAUUCGGAGCCCCGCAAUGCGCGGGAGAGGCUUGGCUUUAAGAGCUUCACGGAUCUGCAGACUGUUCUGAACCAGCGGUACAUUGACUACGUGGCGGCUGGGAGGGACAAGAAGGAUGCCAAGUUUGAGGUGGACGACAAGAUCCUAGCUUCAGCUAAAUAG